AUGGGGGUGGUGGUGGGUGCUGACGAUGAGUUGCUGCGGCUGGUGAGCUGUCUAGACACCUGGGUUUGUCGUCGUGCUGCUGCAGCAGAAGCAGCAGCAGCAGAAGCAGCAAACCUACAACAAGACCCAGCAGCAGCAGCAGCAGCAGCAGCAGCAGCAGACAAAGCCGUUGGUAAUCUCGUUCUUACACAACACGGGGCAGCUGGAGACGAAGAAGAAACACCAGCAGCAGCAGCAGCAGCGGGAGCAGCAGCAGCAGGGGGAGCGGGAUCGUGGGGUCGGGGUCGUCUCCCAACAACGCUGCAGGCGCUGUGGGUUUGUGCUGCUCUCGGGGGGCAGCCAACCCGCAGCAGCGACAGCAGGCGGUGGGUGUGGCUAGCUGACCCGCAGCAUCUGCCUGUCUCCUGGCUGCGGAGACAGCUGAAGCUGCUGCUGAAGGCCCUUACAGACCCCAGGCUAGCUACUGCUGCUGCGCUCAAGGAAGAGGCAGAUGCACUGGCGGAGAUGCUGCAGCAGCAGCAGCAGCAGCAGCAGCAGGAGCAGGAGCAGCAGCAGCAGAAAGAAGAAGAAGAAAGGAAAAAGAAACAGAUGCAGAUGGAAAAAGAGAAAAAAAAGAAAAAACAUAAACAUAAACUUAAACACAAACAAAGGAGACACCAACACGACACAGAGACAGACGAGCAGCACGACGCCUCUGAUGCCCCCGAAGGCAGCAGCAGCGGAUGA